GCUGGCGGCGCUUCGCGAGCGAGUGCGCCCGUGACGGGCCGGUGUCCAGGCCCGCCUCUGCCCCCGGGCAAGGCUCCCCCCACACACACCCCGGACGCCGUUCGAGCGUCGCUGUGGAAGCUGCCGCUUGUUUUCGUCUCCCCCAGCAGCGGCGGCAGCGGAGGAGGCGCCCGGCCCGGGCCGACUGCCCUGGGCGUCCCCGCGGAGCGUGCGCCGAGUGCCGGCGCCAGGCCUUGUUUUCGCGUCGCUCCCUCGUCGCCCCGAAGCCCGGCGGGGCCGCCGAAGACCUCGCGGGAUGGUCAUUGUCCUGAACAGGGAUGGAGGAAGUGUCCCAGGAAGCAGCAGGAUCACCAAGGGUCCAGUUUCAGUCUUUGGAGAGCCAAUCUGAAUGUCUUUCCGCAGACCAUCAGUUUCUGCAGGACACCGAAAUGGAGCAGGGCCUCACUGGGGGAUUUCCAGUUUCUAAUUCUGAUGGGAUCCCCCAGCGGGAGCGAGAUCUGCAAGUCUUUGAUCUGGACACUAAGAGUAGUGAAGUUGGGAGAGACGACUGCUCAGAUGGAGAGAUCAGAGAAGAGAACACACUGUUGAUUCCUAAACAGAGAGUUUCGGAGGAAGUACAUUCAUACAAAGUGAGAGUAGGAAGACUCAAGCAGGAUGUUGCCCAGGGUCCCGACUCCAGAGAAGUAUACAAGUCUGAGGACAGACUGGAAAGGCUUCAGGAAAUCCUAAGGAAAUUUCUCUUCCUGGAGAGAGAGUUCAGGCAAAUAGCAAUCAGCAAGAAAACCUUCACUAGUGAGAAGAACAGCGAACCUGAAAAAAGCUUUAGUCUGGACUCUCCACUUGAUACAGAUCAAAGGGUUCUUAGAAUCCAGACUAUGGAUGACAAUAGUAAGUGUGAUAUGAACUUCACCCAGAACUCAUCUGUCAGCGAACAUGAACAUAUAAAUCUCACACAGAGUUUUCAGAGUAGUGACUACAAAGACAGCAUAAUGGACCUUUCCCACCUUAGUAAGUGGGAAAGCAUUCCUACUGCUGACAGAUCCUAUAAAUGUGAUACAUGUGGGAAAAUCUUCCAUCAGGCUUCAGCCCUCACUAGACAUCAGAGAAUCCAUACUAGAGAGAAGCCCUAUAAAUGUAAAGAAUGUGAAAAAUCUUUCAGUCAGAGUUCAAGUCUCAGUCGACAUAAAAGAAUACACACUAGAGAAAAGUCCUAUAAGUGCGAAACAUCUGAGAAGUCCUGUGAAGCCUCUGACAGACCCUGUAACCAGAGCUCAGGUGCGGCUCAGCACAGGAAGAUUCAUACCAAAGCCAAAUCUCACAAAUGCAACAGUUGUGAAAGAGUCUUCAGCCGAAGUGUGCAUCUCACUCAGCAUCAGAGGAUUCACAGGGAGAUGCCCUGUAAGUGCACCAUAUGUGGCAGUGACUUCUGCCACACUUCAUACCUCCUCGAACAUCAGCGGAUCCACCAUCAGGAGAAAUCCUAUGAAUAUGAUGAGUGUGGGCUGGGCUAUGGUAAACAUCAAGGAAUUCGUUUCAGAGAAAAGCCCUUUACAUGCAAUGAAUGUGGAAAAGACUUCAGACUGAAUUCACAUCUGAUUCAGCAUCAAAGAAUUCACACAGGAGAGAAACCGCAUGAAUGUAAUGAGUGUGGGAAAGUUUUUAGUCAAGCCUCAUGCCUUAUUCAGCAUCACAAAAUGCACAGGAAAGAGAAAUCAUAUGAAUAUAAUGAUUAUGAGGAAAGUUUUAGUCAUAAUUCAGAUUUUAUUUUACAGCAAGAAGUUCCCACCAGAGAACAAGCCUUUGAUUGUGAUGCAUGGGACAAGCCCUUCAGUCAGAGAGCACACCUUGUUCAACAUGAAAGAAUUCAUACCAAAGAGAAUCCUUAUGAGUGCAAUGAACUUGAGGAGACAUUUAGUCAAGUUGAGGCCCCAUUUGACAUCUGAGAAUUCACAACGUGGGAAGUCAUGUCUGUAUUGAAUAUGGCUAACCCUUCACUCAUCAUAGCUGAGUCUGUGCUCAGCGUUAAAGAAUGAAUGUCAGAGAAACCCUCUGAAUGUGAUGAAUGUUGGGAACAUGUUUUAGUAUUAAACUCUUAAUUGGCUUCUGCAAAUCCAUACCAGUGACAAAAAACUUACGUAUGGAAUGUAAAUUUUACAUACUAUUAUCAAACCUUUGUCACAAUUGGGGAAUUUUUACUGCAGUAAAAUUCCACUAUUGAAAUGAAUGUGAAAAAGCCAUUAGUCAAUGAAACUACCUUGCUUGGUUCAGUGUCAAAUUUACGCCAUGCAGAAAGCCUAUGAAUAGAAUAUGUAUAUCUUGUGAGGAAAUGCAGUCAUACCCAAUGCUCAAUCAAAGUUUACCUAUUCCCAAGACAAGUCAUUUGGGUGUAGUAAAUGUGGCAAAUAUUUCAGUAGGGGUUCAUCUGUCAUAAUCGGAAUAUCUAAUCCAUAUAUGAAAAUGGAUAUAAUGCAAAUAGUGAAAUUAGCGUAUCCAUGUCAGACGAGAUUUUGCGUAAUGCAAAUGGCGAAAAUUUCCUCUGUAUUUCAGGUCUUGCCAAACAUCAAAGUUUUGGAGAGAAAAAUUGUUAUGUAUGGAAUUUUUAUUGUUAUUUUUGAUUUUUUGAGGUAGAGUCUCACUUUGACCCAGGCUGACUAGGAAUUCACUACAUAGUCUCAGGCUGGCCUUGAAAUCACAUCAAUCCUCUUAUCUCUGCC